CUUCGAAGUCGGCGAUUCGUCCAGCAACAGUGCAGCAUCAGCAUCUCGAUUCCUGCAUUUGCUAUGGGCUCAUGUCACAUGCCCAUGUCCAUGCCCAGGACGGCAUUACCCGUGCAAUGGCCUUCGUGGAAGGCGACGGUGGCUUUCGCCCAAGCCUGUCCAUUGGACUCUGAUGGGAAAAGGAAGCUUCGAACCAUGUUAACAUGGCAUGUGCCGGACAAAUCGAACGUUGUGCCAUGCUCUGACUUUCUCCACGAAUGGACACGCCCAUGGCGUGCCGCCCAUGAGCCUAUCUCACGGCUCCACCUCGCCAACCCUGGUCCUGCCAUUGACUCCAUGAAAGGUGAUCUAGGUGUUGAAGGUGUUUCUCCUCCAUAUGCGCGCGGGCUUUGGCUCGGCCUGCACCGCGACAGCCCUGGGGCCAGGCGGAAGGCAAAGACAAGCCAAGACAACGGACCCCCAGAGAUGCGAUAUCGAUUGAUGAAGGACUGGUACGGGCCGUGCGGUGAUUCUUGUAAUUCCGGCGGUGGUCGAGAGCCGUCUCAGAGCGAUGCGAAUCGCCGAAUGCUGUUUGCAAGCGCGUGAAACUUAUUGGCGGCUUCCCACCAAUGGCCGUGAUGCUUCGAUUCUCUUCGGGCGCUGGCUCUGCGAGCUCUAAAGCUCAGUACACUCAACGAGACUGACAUUAUCGAACUUUGCAG